AUGACAGCAUCAGCUUAUAAAGAUUUCUAUACCGUUGAAAUAGGUGAUACAAAUUUUACAAUACCAAUACGAUAUGAAAAUCUACUACCGAUUGGUAUGGGUGCUCAAGGAGUGGUGUGUUCAGCCCUAGAUACCGUUACCAAAACUAAUGUGGCGAUUAAAAAAUUAUCGAAACCUUUUCAAAAUAUUGUUCAAGCCAAGCGGGCCUAUCGUGAGCUGAAACUAAUGAAAGUGGUCAAUCACAAAAAUAUCAUCAAUUUGUUGGCUGUUUUUACACCGAAUGAGAGUUUUGACGAUUUCCAAGAUAUUUAUUUGGUAAUGGAACUAAUGGAUGCAAAUCUCACAGCCGUUAUUGGCAUUGGUUUGGAUCACGACCGUCUAUCGUAUCUGAUAUAUCAAAUACUAUGCGGCAUUCGUCAUUUACAUUCGGCCGGGAUUAUACAUCGUGACUUGAAGCCAUCCAAUAUUUGUGUGAAUGCCGAUUGUUCGUUGAAAAUUCUCGAUUUUGGUCUAGCUCGCACCGCGGCCGAAGCGACUUUUAUGAUGACACCAUACGUGGUGACACGUUAUUAUCGAGCACCGGAAAUAAUUCUUGGUCUGCCGUAUAACGAAAAUGUAGACAUCUGGUCUGUGGGCUGUAUUAUGGGUGAGCUAAUACGUGGCAGUGUUUUAUUCAAAGGCUCCGAUUAUUUGGAUCAAUGGAUGAAAAUUAUCGAACAAAUCGGUACACCAGAGAGAAGUUUCUUUGCCGAUUUAUCACCAAAUGUUCGACAGUAUGUUGAGAGCUUAGCGCGACAUGAGGGCUACACCAUCGAACGGUUAUUUCCCGAUGCAUUAUUUUAUUUCGACACAGAAAGUGUCGAUGAAAGUGAUCUAAAUGAAUAUCAACAGAAUACAGACGCUGCAAGAGAUUUAUUGGCUCGAAUGCUUAGUAUCGACCCAAAACAUCGCAUUUCUGUUGAUGAAGCCUUACAUCAUAGCUACAUAAAUAUGUGGUAUAAGGAGGAGGAAGUUAAUGCACCCGUACCGCAUAUCUGUAAUAAUGUGGAUAUCGAGCAGGAAGAGCACAAUAUUAUGGAAUGGAAGAAAAUUAUUUAUGAUGAAAUAAUCGGUUCGCCAAGAGAGUUAAUAUAA